AUGGAGGGAUCAGAAGUUGACGAAAUGCAUCAGAGCCCCAGCAUUUUAUUGUGUAAAAAUCAGAAUAUAACCAUACUAAUCUAUCAAGUUGUGAGGUACAAGGGCAGGACAACUGCUGAUAUGGAUGGUGUUAAGAUUAAGCUGGAAAAGAUUGAUGAUGGUUACCAUGAUAGCAGUUCCUAUGGCGGCACAAUACCUGCAACCAUGACAACCAGCCAAAUGAUAAAGAAUGAGACAAUGGAUACAAAUAUAUAUGAAGCUCAGAAUCCCCAUAUCAACAGUUCCACACUGUUGAAUAUACAUCGUCACCUAGGGAUGAAAUAUCGGAGAGCUAGGACGCCCCCUGGUACAAAUGCGCAUAGUAAACCAACAUGUGUAAACUGCAAAGAAAGUUUCAACACUCAUAAGGAAUUCAUCAGUCACAAACUCGGCUAUCUGAACUGCUCUAAAUACUGUUACAUUUGUAGAAGUGAAAUAAAACAUGUAACCAUGGCAACACAUCUCGAGGAAUUCCAUCCGCUAACUGCUAAAUGUCUCGAUAAAUUAAAAAGAACCCUCCACAAGCAUGUAACCGAUAAUGUGACCUGCAGAUUAUGUGAUAUUAGUUUUUCACAUGACCAAGAUAUGGAGCGACAUUUUGGAAGUGCCAGUCAUAUUGAUAAAAUGAAAGUUGCCGAGGACGUGUAUAUUUGUAAAUCCUGUCAACAGACAUUCACGGAACAAGACGCAUAUGCAAUGCAUAUGUUAUCUGUUGCACAGAACGGCACAUGCAAAAACAUCAAAUCUGAACUCCAACAAACUGUACAUAUUAAACCACUUGAUAAAAUUCAAAAUCCUACUUCAAAAGCCAAUACAAAAUAUGAAAAGGAAGCAGCAAAGCCAAAUAUGAGUAACAAUGAACAAGCAGCCAAGAUCAAACAGGCUUUGGUAUUUGCAAUUCAACAAAGAAAUGACACAAAUAAAACACCAGAAUGUGUUCCAAGAGUGGGAACUUCAAUCUGCAUGUACUGUGGAAAACAAGUUCCCAUUCAAGAAUCAGUUGAACAUAACAAGGUAUGUAAGACUUUAUAUACUGUGAAGGCCUCAAUGCAACAACAACAUAAGAACCAAACACUAAACACGGCAGUAAACGCUGCUUAUGUGUGCACAGUCUGUAAGCAAUCAUUUUCAUGUAAGGAUUCACUGGCGAUGCAUGUCCUGAUGCACGUCAAACAGGAAGUAGAUGCUUCAAAAGCUGCCCGCGAUUCAAGCACUUCUGGUAAAUAUGGAAAACAAAUGCUGAAACAUGUUUAUAACAUUCAGCGUUAUAGGUGUCGUAAAUGUAGCCAGGCAUUUGGUACUCAAGAUGAACUGGCAAUGCAUAUGAUGUCACAAGCAAAUGAUCCUCUACACAAUGGAGAACAGUCAAGCCCAGGAGCAAAAUUAACAAGGAGUUCAGGAAAGCAAUCUCUUCAAAGAACAAGCUUGAACUCACCAGUUCUUGUCCCAAAAACAAGCCUCAACUCAUCUAUUCAGCCACAGGGCUCAACUGGACAGGUUGGCUGGAGAGCUUCUCUUGUACUUCACAAAUCAAAUUCUCAAUUUCCCCCCUCCCACCCCAUACUUCCCAAAGAGCAACCAAUGAAUGAACAUAAACAUAUUGACCAUACACGUGAGUGCCACAGUGAAGGCAACAUAGAUACCAGUCAACCAACUGCCGCAGCCAUUAAACGUAAAGCACAUAGCUUGGAUUGUGAUGCACCUCCUACUAAACAGAUCAAGUCUAUAGAACAGGGCCUAAAUGAUCUGAGACCUAGUUCAGUGUCCAAUACACCCCAGUCACCAAUUUUCAAACAUGGGACAAAUUUUAUGGGACUUAUCUGUUACUUAUGUGGAACACAAUUUAGAGACUAUCAAAAAUUACGGGACCAUAUUUACAGAGGACAACCAUGUACACCAGCGUCAGAUAACCAAGGUUUGACGGAGAGACCCAGGUCUAACCAAUCAGGCGCUACAUUAUAUUCAAACCAGUCAAAUCAUGAUGAUACACCGCUGAGUGGAUCUCUGAUUUUAGAACCUGUUGACUUAACAAAGACUGAUACAUCUGAAGAGUUAGAACAUGUACGUCUUGCUCUAGAUGAGUAUAUGAAGAGACAAAAUGACAAUGCUACUGAUCCCAUCACAAAAACUAGAAUCAAAACAGAAAAAGUGGAGACACAUAUUGACAAUAAUUCAAAUCAUGCCAAAAAUGUCCAAAUUGCUUCAAAAGAUAAUUCUGGAGAAAAGGACGAUGUUUUACAAUUUGUGCUGUCGAAUCAGGAUUCCUUGCACAUGUGUCCCCAUUGUAAGAUUAUAUUUGUUGAUCAAACUAUUUUUCAAUUACAUAUGGGGCUUCAUAAUCAUAACAAACCUUGGCAGUGUAACAUUUGUGGAACUCUGACCAGUGGAGUCCACGAGUUUGCCUGUCAUGUCGUUCACUUAAAAAAAUAAUGUAUUGCAAAACUUAUCAAAGUACAACUACUGGUAAAUAUCUUAAAUAAUUAGGGAAGUGAAGAAAACUAUUCUAUUGUAAUGAUAUAAUAUCUGUGAUCAGUGAAAUCAUUAUUUUUGUUGUAAAUAAAUAAAAGAUUAUAAAUUAUUAUUUUUUCAUGGAAAAUGGAAAAGAAUCAUUGAAUUAUAUUAAAAAAUAAAUAAAAAGUAGCGUUAUUUUCACAUUAUUUCUCAUCACCAAGGCAGUUCUUAAAAAACUGAAAAGCAUUGAUGUGGUUUGGCAGUUUAAUAAUUGGAGGGUACCCCAUCAUUCUUAGAUGUACUCUAAGAUUAUGAUGCAGUAAUGACCAACCUACCAACCUUGGAUGUCAAUUAAUGUGAUUGAUGAGAACACACCUAUGUGUAUCCAAGGAAACUGACAUAAACAUAAAUGAUAUACCUUCAUCUCUAUAAAUAUUUGGCAUCCUAAUUGGUAAAAGGUAAUGAAUAAUAAAUGUAUCCUUCUUCGGUUAACAAUAAGUUGACAAGGAGCAGGAUUUUGAUAUAAUUAUUGGUACAUUUUCUUAUUGUUUUUUACAAUGCAUUUUCAAGCUGUGUUAACAUUUUUUUUACAUCUAUUGCUUAUAUAAUAUGUUAACAGGGAACUGAACUUAUGAGAUUUUUUCUUGGUAAGUAAAUUGGUAAGCUUUUUAAUGGAUACUAUCACAGUAUCAAAAAGAGGAAAAGCCCUAUAAUUGAUAUCAUAAAAUAAUUCAAGGUUAUAAUAUACACAUACAAUAUACAUGCAGUUCAUUAGAUUUACUGAAAUUAAUUAUUAAUGUUGCGUCCAUCUGGUUGUACUUCCAAAAAUAACAGACUAUUUCAAUGUGUCAAAUAUUUAGUUCAUUGUUGUAUGUCUGCACACUGCUCAAAAUAGAUUUCUUAUAAAUUAUUAAGCAUUGACAUUACGUAGGCAUGCAAUGGUUCCCCAUUUUAUUUCUAAUAGAAUAUAGUAUCUAAUGUCCA